AUGGAGUCUUCCAAACCCAGCGAGACACAGUCCCCGACUUUCGAGGCGGAUUACGUCAACAAGACUGGUGUGCAGAACAAUGUCGUUAUUGACCUCCAAUCCGAGGAAGUUCGCCGAGCGCGGUGGAAGAUCGACUUGAUGAUGCUUCCUCUGCUCGGAGUCAGCUACUUCCUGCAAUUCCUUGACAAGCAGUCCCUUAGCUAUAGUUCCUUGCUGGGCAUGAUCCCGGACACCAAGCUCCAGGGCUCUCAGUACUCAUGGGUCGCCUCGAUCUUCUACUUUGGAUAUAUUUUCUGGUCCUACCCGACCGCGUUCCUGGCUGCGCGCCUGCCUAUUGGCAAAUACCUUGCGGGAACCGUCAUCGUCUGGGCCAUCGUUCUCAUGUGUCAUGGUGCCUGCCAUAACUUCUUGGGCCUCAUGAUCACCCGAUUUUUCCUCGGUGCGUUCGAAGCGGCCCUGGCGCCGGGCUUCUCUCUCGUCAUGGGAAUGUGGUAUACUCGUCGGGAGCAGCCUCUUCGCUACGGUUUGUGGUUCUGUGGCGGCCCGGUGGCCACCUUGUUUGGAGGCCUGAUUGCGUAUGCGAUCGGUCAUCUUGAAGGUGACUUGCCGACCUGGCGAUAUCUGUUUAUUAUCCUUGUCGCCGUCACAACCGCGUGGGGCAUUUUCAUGCUCGUGCUGCUUCCAGAUUCUCCAUCCGACGCAAUCUGGCUGUCAAGUGCACAGCGCGAGACGGCCGCAUAUCGGAUUCAGGCUGACACUCAAGGAAGCAGCAAAGGAUCGUUCAAGAUGCAUCAAGCCUUGGAAGCCCUGCAGGACCCUGUGACUUGGUUCUUGUGUCUUUACACCUUCUGCACCAACAUCGCUAACGGCGGCUUGACCGCGUUUGGCUCACUUGUUAUCAGAGGCUUUGGAUACAAGGGCCUUCAGGCACUGCUUAUCCAGAUGCCCACAGGGGCGGCGCAGCUCGGCUUUGUCGUUAUCAGCUGCACUCUUUGCUCUUUGCUUCCCAAUAUUCGCACGAUCAUGAUGAUGUGUCUCACCAUAAUCAGCCUUAUCGGCAUGGUCCUCAUGUAUGCUCUUGACUCAACCAACCAGUCUGGCCGUCUGGCUGGGUUUUGUUUGAGUCUGGCGUUCUCCGCAAACAUGCCAUUGGCCAUGUGCCUUAUUACCAGUAACCUUGCUGGAUUCACCAAGAGGGCCGUGGUCAAUGCUUGCGUGUUGAUUAUGUACAGUGCAGGAAACAUUGUAGGUCCCCAGUUCUUCAAUGUCCAUGACGCUCCAAAUUAUCCAAAGGGUAUCAAGGCCAGCCUCAUCGGUCUUGCACUUGCGACCUUUUGGGUAUUGUGUCUCCGUAUCUACCUUACUUGGCAAAACAAAAAGCGAGACCGGAACUCAUCAGAGGAGACAGGUGCAGUGCAACGUCAAAUCUUACUGAUGGAGGAUAAGACUGACUGGGAGGUCGCUGCGUGUCGCUAUGUGUUAUAAAGGGUGUCGAUACAUGUGAUAAGACAUACCUAUUGAUAUUAUUUUGAAGGUGCAAACAGCACACCACCGAAAAGUCAUACAUAGGCAGGUGGAAUGCCUGACCUUCUGAGACUUAAUUUCCAC